AUGUCCCACGGAACGCGCAGCACGGUCUCGGUCGGUUCGGAACGCCGAGUGGUCAAGACUCUCAACAGAGCAGGAACCCGGGCUUAUAUGCCCAAACAACAUGACGGCGAAGAUUACGGUGCGGACAUCAUUGGGUUUUAUCGAAAAACCCUAAUGUUGAUCCAAUGUCAGAAUAACAGCCGGCGGGCAAUGACACCGGACAUAGUGUGGGAAUUAAAAACGACUCUUCUGACAAUAUGUCCCAACAAUACAGUUGGGAUAUUGGUGGCCAACGACUUUUGCGCUGGAACAAGAAUGGCCGCAGAAGAGCCACCACACAACAUCAUUCUCGCUACUGAGAAUGAUGUGCUUGAGAAAAUAGCGCAAGUUUUCUCAACACGUCCGUACGAUCCAUCACCGCAGGUCGAUGCAAUAGCUGAACUGCUGAUGGAUCGAAUAAAACAACUCGAGUUUCAACUCGAAACCGAGAGCACAAAUUUAGAUAGAUCAAGAAAAGAGAGGGAGGCCUUCGAACUUCAACAAGAGAGAAGGCUCUCCCAUAUUUUUUAUAUGCUUAUUUUUAUUUUAAUAUGUAUUCUUGCAGGUGUUGCUACAUUUGU